AUGUCACUACUCAACAUGAUGCCUGAAGAGCGCAUCGACUCAUGGCGUCAACGCGUUCCAAGCCGCAUGGAUCGCGAGGAUCCCUUCGAAGGAGACCACUUCGACGAACGUCCCUCCACACGCCUCACAUUUCAUGAUGUUUCUCCUCCUGAGGCUAGACCUUCUACGCGCCUGGGCUUCUUCCGCGCCGCUACACCUAUGUUCGGACGUAGUUCUACACCUUCUUCUACUCGACCUGCUUCAAGCAUGAUGCAACGACGUGUGGAGGGGAAGCGAAGGAGUUUUCUGAGCUUGCUUACUCGCAAGAGGAAGAGAAAGGAGCCGGAGGAGAUUCCGAGGGAUCCUGUCCGUUUGAACUUUUUGUUUGUGGGGAGUAAGGCCGCUGGGCAGACGUCUUUGCUAUUUCGAUCCCGUUAUGGAUACUUCCCUGAUUCAAAUGCCUUUUCUCGUCCUCUGUUUGAGACCUACGUCAACGAACGAAUCUACCACAACCAACCUCUGACCUACAUCGAAUGGGAUGCCGUGUUUCUCUGCUUCGACAUCUCGGAUAAGAUAUCCAUGUACACAAUCAUCCAAUGGUGGCAUCACGCUUCGAGCCAAGGCUUCACCAAAUCUGCGAGUUUUGCGCCAUUGCUGUACCUCGUCGGUCUAAAGAAGGAUCUUCGCGACCAGUGCUUUUUGGAAGAUCAUCAGACUGGUUCUGCAUUCUCGUCUUCUGGAUUGCUGGCGUAUCCGACUUGCUGCAUUUGCUCAUCAGAGGCAACUUGGCAGGCCACUCGGAUUGGCGCACACAAAUACAUCGAAUGCUCGGCUGCGACUGGUGAAGGGAUGAAGGAGGUCAUCGAUGACUCUGGAAGAGAGGCGAUGAGAAGACUUGUUGGGGGGCAAGUGCCUGAGGAGGAGGUUAUUCCCAAGAAGAAGCGACGUUUCUUCUAA